UUCGUGAAAAACAAAAGGAACUAAGAAGAAGAAUGUACAUCAAAUGAGUAGAAGGGACACCAGCUACACUAUAACAUUGUUUAUUUAGUCAUUAAUGAAAUUGGAAUAGUGAAAUAAUAAAUCGUUUUUAGCAAAUGGCUUGUGAAGAAUCUGACAAUACAUUAUUGGUGGCAGCUAUCGAUUUUGGAACAACUUAUAGUGGAUAUGCCUUUUCAACAAGAGAUAGCUUCAAAAAAGAUAAACUAGAUAUUAAGGCCAAUCAAGUAUGGAAUGCAGGUUCAAAACAACUGUUGUCAUUGAAAACACCCACAUGUAUACUUUUAAAGAAAAACCAAGAAAUAGUAUCUUUUGGAUAUCAAGCAGAGAACGACUAUGCUGCUGUUGUGACUGAUGAAUCGGAAAAUGAUUAUUAUUUUUUUCAGCAGUUUAAGAUGAAGUUAUAUCGCUGUGAGAAUCUAACAUUAGAUACUCCAUUACUUGAUGUUCGUGGGCAGUCAUUGCCAGCAGUUGUUGUAUUUGCUUCAUGUAUAAAAGCUCUACGUGAUCACCUGCAUCAGACACUUUCAGAUAAGGGAGUACCUGUGAACCCGGAUGAAAUUAAAUGGGUAUUGACAGUUCCUGCCAUAUGGUCGGAUGGAGCGAAACAGUUCAUGAGGGAAAGUGCUAAGAGGGCAGGUAUCAAAGAUGAUAAACUUGUCAUAUCCUUGGAGCCGGAAGAUGCUUCCAUCUACUGCCAGUGUUUAUCCAUGUCGAGUCAACAAGGUUUUCAGGAAGGAUUUUCGAAGAUUCAGAAGGGAACAAAAUAUAUGGUAGUUGAUUUAGGAGGCGGGACCGUGGAUAUAACUGCUCAUGAGAAGUUAGAUGAACACAAGAUGGUGGAGUUAUGUAAAGCUACAGGUGAUGACUGCGGUGGUACAUCAGUAGACAAAGAAUUCCUGCAAAUAUUCCAUGAUAUCGUUGGAAAAGAUGUGAUGGAAAGUUUGGCACGUGAAGAGGUAGACUCGUAUCUUGAUCUUUGUAGAUCAUUUGAAACAACAAAGCGUAACAAAUUUGAUGCUAAUAAUAUAAGGCCGAAAGUCACAAUUAUUUUCCCAUUUGUUUCUAUCGACAAACUUUGUAAACGUAAACUGGAUAAAGAAUUCGAAACUUUGCUUACAGAGUCAAAGUACUCACAAAAGAUCACACUGAAGAAUGAUAAACUGAUAAUUGAUUCAGAAUUAAUGAAAUCUUUAUUCAGAAAGGUAAUAGAAAGAACUAUCAAAUUGAUUAGAAAUACAUUCUCCUAUAGUAAGGCACGCGACAUUACUACACUUCUACUUGUUGGCGGAUUUUCUGAAUGUUAUUUAGUUCAGGAGCAAAUUCGAAAGGCUUUCAGUGACAAAACAGUUAUUUCCCCGGAUGACCCAGGACUGGCGGUGCUUAAAGGUGCCGUUUUGUUUGGACACAUGCCAAAUCUCAUCCAGUCUAGAUUCACUCGAAGGACAUAUGGACGUCGUAUCAAACCUGUAUUCGACAGUAAAUUGCAUGAUCGGUCAAGACUUGUUGUUGAAGACGGAGAAGAACGAUGUGACCGCGUUUUUGAGGCUUUUAUGUCGGCCAAUGAAUCCAUUCAAGUUGGCACUAAAGUAAAAGUCAGCUACCAUACCAUACGAAGAAGACAAGACAAAAUUAAUGUUGCCAUUUACGUCACGGAGGAAGAGACUAUCCCUAAGUACGUUGAUGAAAGAGGGUGUAAAAAAAUAGGCGAGUUUGUCAUUGAUAUUCCAAAUCCUACCGACGAAAGGCGCCAUGGAAAAGUCCAGUUUACAUUCGGAGAUACGGAAAUAAAGGCAAAGGCCGUAGAAACAGAAUCAAAAGCUGUUGUAAGAGCAAAGCUAAAUCUCCUUUAAGAUGCCUUUAGAUAUGAACCCUCUUGCUUGUGUAACACUUUAGAUAAUUUGACUGUGACUGUGAUUAAAAUUAUUAUUUUUUUAUUAUGUCCAUCGUGUAAUCAUGUAACUUUCAAUUGUUGUGUUGUUUCAAAUAGCAUGAGAAAUGCAAACCAUUUAUGAAUAAAUGCUUCUUGAUAUAUG